UGCAGACUCAGUGCCUUAUUCAGUCUUCUCUCUCGCUCUCUCCGCUGCUGUAGCUGGACCCUUCGCCUUCGCCACCGCUCAGCAUCCGCACAUCCCUACAAUGGCUAAAACAGCAAUGGCCUACAAGGAAAAAAUGAAGGAGCUGUCCAUGCUGUCACUGAUCUGCUCUUGCUUCUACCCAGAACCUCGCAACAUGAACAUCUAUACUUACGAUGAUAUGGAAGUGAAGCAGAUCAACAAACGUGCCUCUGGCCAGGCUUUUGAGCUGAUCUUGAAGCCACCAUCUCCCAUCUCUGAAGCCCCACGAACUUUAGCUUCUCCAAAGAAGAAAGACCUGUCCCUGGAGGAGAUCCAGAAAAAACUGGAUGCCGCAGAGGAAAGAAGGAAGUCUCAGGAGGCCCAGGUGCUGAAACAAUUGGCAGAGAAGAGGGAACACGAGCGAGAAGUCCUUCAGAAGGCUUUGGAGGAGAACAACAACUUCAGCAAAAUGGCGGAGGAAAAGCUGAUCCUGAAAAUGGAACAAAUUAAGGAAAACCGUGAGGCUAAUCUAGCUGCUAUUAUUGAACGUCUGCAGGAGAAGGAGAGGCAUGCUGCGGAGGUGCGCAGGAACAAGGAACUCCAGGUUGAACUGUCCGGCUGAAGCAAUGGAGGGUAUGGCACGUCCCCCAUUAGUAAACCCCCCUGCCUAUAUUAUAAUGGAUCAUGCGAUAUCAGUAUGGGAAAUGUAUGACAUGGUUUAAAAAGAACUCAUUAUAAAAAACAAAAAACAGAAUCAAAAAUAAAAAAAAAAAUCAAUGCGGUCUCUUGGCAGAAUGUUUUGCUUGAUGUUUAAAAAAUACCUUGGAUCUUAUUUUGUAAAUACUUACAUUUUUGUUAAAAAAUACAAGUAUUGCAUUAUGCAAGUUAUUUCAUAAUCUUACAUGUCCUGUAACAGGCUUUUGAUGUCGUGUCUUUCCACUCAAAUGAAUUUGCUAGGUCUGUUCUUUUUGAAGCUCCCCAUGUCUAACUCCAUUCCCUGCCCUUUCCAUUCCAACAGAAAACUGAGGUCAGUAGACAGUCCAUGGUGCUAGAAACCCACCAUUGCCUAAUGACCUAGACAGCUUUGUAAUCUCUGAACUUGACUAAGAUCGUACCUAGAUCACAGAUGUGACUCCACACAAACCUCACAUUUGUUCGCUCAUAAUCUCCUAACUGCCUAGAAACUACAAAACCAGGCUAAGAAAAACCACCAGUCAUAGCAUUUACUUCUGCUUCUACUGGAUUAUGUGCUACAAAUGUGCUUUAGCUUUAGAAAGGGAUGGAUGAGAAGACAGAUCUGAGAUCAAUCUGGGUAGAAGCAAACAA